AUGUCGACUGACACCGUUCCAUUUUUGCCUCCAUGUGCUACUUCUUCUUUAUCUCCUAAUAUUUUCUUUAAUUCCCCGCUGCUUCUCCUUCAUCUUCCUCUUCUACUUCUUUCUUUACCUCUCUGCUGCUUUUUCAUCUUCCUUGUUCACUUCUUUCUUUACCCUACCACUUCUUCUUCGUCUUUGUCCACUACUUUCUUUACCCCUCCACUGCUUCUUCUUCUUCUUCUUCUUUCUUUCUUUCUUUCUUUCUUUCUUUACCCCUCGACUGCUGCUGCUGCAGCUUCUUCUUCUUCUUUCUUUCUUUCUUUCUUUCUUUCUUUCUUUAUACUUCCACUGCUGCUGCUUCUUCUUCUUUCUCUCUUUCUUUCUUUGCCCCCGCCACUGCUUCUGCUAUUGCUUCUUCUUCUUUUCUUCUUCUUCUUCUUCUUUGUCCACUACUUUCUUUACCCCUCCACUGCUGCUGCUCCUUCUUGUUCUUCUUGUUCUUGUUCUUCUUCUUCUACUUUCUUUCUUCCUUUCUUUCCUUACAUCCCCACUACGGUUGCUACCUCUUCUUCUUCUUCUUUGCCCACUUCUUUCUUUCUUUCUUUCUUUCUUUCUUUCUUUCUUUCUUUCUUUCUUUCUUUCUUUCUUUCCUUACAUCCCCACUACGGUUGCUACCUCUUCUUCUUCUUCUUUGCCCACUUCUUUCUUUUUUUCUUUCUUUCUUUCUUUCUUCCUUUCUUUCCUUACAUCCCAACUACGGUUGCUACCUCUUCUUCUUCUUCUUUGCCCACUUCUUUCUUUCUUUCUUUCUUUCUUUCUUUCUUUCUUUCUUUCUUUCUUUCUUUACACCACAACUACUGCUUCUUCUUCUUCUUCUUCUUAGCCCACUUCUUUCUUUACCUCUUCUUUCUUUCUUUCUUUCUUUACACCUCGACUACUGCUUCUUCUUCUUCUUUCAUUAACCCUCCACUUCUUCUUUCUUUCUUUCUUUCUUUCUUUACACUUCGACUACUGCUUCUUCUUCUUCUUCUUCUUCUUCUUCUUCUUCUUUUUCUUCUUUACCGUCAGUUAAGUGCCAUACAUGAUUAUCUAUCUAUCAAUCCCUUUCAUCAUAUCUAUCUAUCUAUCUAUCUAUCUAUCUAUCUAUCUGAAUCUUUUCAUAUCUAUCUACCUAUCUAUCUGAAUCUUUUCAUAUCUAUCUAUCUAUCUAUCUAUCUAUCUAUCUAUCUAUGA